AUGGUGCAAGAUUGUGGCGGAGGCAUGUCUCUGGUUAUCAUCGAGGUUGAGGCAGUUGAACAUGGGACGCCGUCGCGUGUUGUACAGGGAAUAAGAGAGAUGGAACACGACAAGCAGCAAGCUGCGGCAGCCGGGAAGACAGGCAAGACUGAGAUAGACGUGCUCGCAGAUAUGAAACGGUGGAUGUUGUCGCACAGCGAGAUGUUCGACUUUGUGAUCUGCCAAGCGCUCAAGGUGGACAUCGUCAAACCCCUCGAUCGGCCUGACCAAUGCAUCCUCAUCGACGUCGACUACGCGCCUCCCGACGCCCGCGGUCGGCUACCCAAGCGGCAGCAGCAAUUUAUCAUCAAAAAGUGUACCGUGUGCGACGCCCCGCCCGAAUACCGCUACUGGGAAUUUUCCGAACCGGGCCUAGCGGACCUCCACCGGCUGUCGGAAGAGAUCAAGGCGAACGGCGGGGUCGGGGUGAACAUCGUCUCGCUCCGGUGUCUCUCCAAGGAGGCUCGGUUCGCGCAACCGAUCAUUAUCAAGGAUCGGCCGCUCGCGCAACGGCGGUUGUGGGUGGAGAACUGGGAGGAGCUGUUCAGGAAGGUAACGGCGGGCGAGAUCUCGGAGCAAUCCGUCAACGAGCUGUGGACGAAGCUCAAGUUGUAUUACCUGGUGGACGACGAUUCGAAAUACGCCGUCGCAAGGCUAGGUCCGGGUUGUGUCAUGGGUACGCACAAAUCCUUCAUGGAUCCCGAGUACGAAAGGCCCUUCGCCCUGCAGAUAAGAGGCGAGUAG